AUGGAUUCAACGAUAAUCGCAGAAGAUACCAACAGUCACAUUGACCAUAACAAUAACAACACUGCCGCUGUCAGCCCCAAUCCGCUCAAAUGUCCUCCUACACCUCAAUAUCAGCUGCCCACCGCAGCACUGAAUCAGCUCUCUCCAGAGCGACUCAACCAGCCACGCAUUCCUCAAUCCCCAUCCCUACACAGCUUUCUUGUCGAGAAUGACCGGCCACGAACCCGCGACUCCAUAACGUCGGACGUGCAGGCCAAGAUCGCCUUGUUGAACAGCUUGGCAGGGAACACCGCCAGUGCUCAGUCGUCACCGACCAGACGAGGCAGAGGAGCCGGUAGAGUGAUGCCAACUACCAGCAAUGCCGGGAUUGGCGCUGCUGUUACGUCGCUCAUGCACGGAAGCGCCGAUACCAAUGGAGUUGACACCAACACUGCGCUGCAACAGGCAGUGAUGGGCUACGAGGAAGCGCAAGCCAGUCUAGCUACAAUCACGGCGGAGCUAGAGCGAGCAAAAGAAGAACUGGCCUCGCGCAAGAAGAGGGAGAGACUGCUUGCCCAACGUGUGGAAAGUCUCCUGGAGGAGUUGCAGGCGGAAAAGGAAAAGAGAGCCCGAGACCAGGAAUCGUACACCAAAGAAGUCAAGCGGUGCCGUAAAGAAGCUUACCGGGCGGAGUUGGCUGCCGUGGAAUCAAGACAAGAUCUACAGGAGGUCAGGGCCGAGCUUAAGCGUUGUCAGGCGGAAGUGCAACACGAAAAAGCAGAGAAGGAGAAGAGUCGCCAGGAGAGUUUUGAAAGAGCAUAUGCUCUUGCUGGCACGGUCGGUGAGAUGGAACAACUCAAGGACAAAUUGAGGGUCGUCGAGAAAGAAAGAGAUGCUGCAUUGCUCGAGGUCAAGGCGAACCAAAUCGGUCAAUCGUCGAGGCCACAGAAUCAACGGAGGAAGGAAGAGAAAACUAUGGAAGAGGAUACCACACAGCCUCGACAAUUGACUCAAGGAACUGAAGACGGAAGCUGGUCGGAGAUGGAGGAUUCGGCACCGACGAACUUUGAAGUGUCUUCAGUGCCAAAUGGACCAGCAUUCCCGGCCUUUGAGUCACUCAAGUUCCGACUGGAGCUCUAUGAGAAAAAGAUGCAGGGAGAGCCGGUGACUCCGGCGGAGGAGAUUCGGUUCUUGAAACAAGAACUCAAGUUCGCCCGGAAACAACACGCCGAGGACCGUGAAACAAUCCAUUUCAUGCACAUGCAGUGUCAGUUCAAGGCCUGCCCUUGUCGCCUGGCCGAGGAAAAAGGCGAACGAUUUAUCCACGACCAUGCAUAUGAAGCGAUGUUGCAGCAGGAGAGGACUUCGAAGAAGAGAAAGGUCUCACAUGGACCAUCCGAAAUGAAACCUCUAGCACAAGAAGACAAGAGUGAAGAAGUUGCGCAGUCCACAGAGCAUCAAGACGGUGCGAUCGAAGCUGAUCAGAGCACACAUACUCGGGAAACUUGUCAUACUGAGUUGCCUCCGGAUCCGACCCCAGACACUCUCUCAGCAGCACCAGAACUGCCAUCACCCCUACAGGAGGCCAUUGAAAUUCCUCUCCCGGAGCCACAGCCCAUGGAACUAGACGCAAGAGAUGAAACGCCCGAGCCAACAGCCCAACUGGAAGAAAUCACACAAGUCAUAGUGGAAGCUGGGACAGCUUCCAAGCCUUUCUGCUUUUCCACCUCAACUACCAGCAAUCCAGCGAAUAGGGAAAUGGCACCACCUUUGCGGCACACGGAAAGCGCAUCAGCAGUCAUGGAACAGGACCUUUUCGAUCUGUCUCCUCCCAAACAAGCCCCUCAUCCUCCCAAACGUCCCUCUACGGCUAUGGGUAUAUUGACGGUCGACUCUCCCAUACGGUUGGUACCCGACUCGCCACGGUCAGUUCGGGUAUCACAUUCGAGACGUGAUAAUAACUGGUCCAACACUAGCGGAACUUUUGUGCGCGAACAUGGUGGUUACCAGAACCAGAAUCAGACCCAGUCGAUGAUGACCAUGACUACCAAAGUGGCGUUAAAAGAUUGUCCCUCACGAACUCCUCUGCACAGACGGGCGCAAUCUCGACCCAAUGUCCUCCCCAGCCAUUCGCCUCUAGCGUCGUCAGUCAUUUCUCACCUAGGUGAUGAUGAUGAUGAUCAACAAGCGGAGUUCAUCAAGGAGACAUCGGCCUCGCCGGCCCCUCAUACGAUCUUCCCUGUGACGCCCGUGCAUAAGCAUUCGAGAUCAAUGCAUGAGCAGUACCACCAUCAGACCGGGCCAAGAGGUGAGAGUGGCACUGCAGCAGCGGAAGGUCGCUCUGAUCAUGCUCGAACGGAGACGACGACCACGACAAGAGUUCCCCUGCGAGGAUUCGAGGAUACAGAUGAGAUGUCUGGUUCUGAUGAACGACAAUGCCAUACCGAAAGACGCAGCAAUCGACACAGCAACAACAGACAUGGACAUGUUUAUGGGCAUGGUUACGAGCACGCUCAUACUGAAGUGUUGAAUGUGAAUGUCAAUGUGCACAUGGAUGACAUAGAAACCGCCGCCAAUGUCAGAGAUGGUGCUGCUCAAUCAGCGCGCCCACUGCAACCGGUCUCUAGUUCUGGUUCGAUUUCAUCUUCGAGUUCGAAUUCGAAUUCGAUUCUCGGCAACAUCCCAGGCACGCCGAUCUCGAGAGAAGCGGCGUUGGCACAAAUUCGAGCCCGGAGAGAUCGUGCGCGGAGCAUCAAUUUGAAAAAGUCGACUGAGAACAACUUGAACACUGCGAACUUGAACAAGGGGAUAACGGGUGGUACGACGAGAAAUAGCCCGACGAAACCAAAGGUUGUUAAUGGUGUUGCUGGAUUGUUUGCCGCGAGAGACAAGGAGAAUGCGUAUGGAAGGAGGGAAAUCAGUCAGGCCAGUGCGCCGGGGAGGUUUGUUUGUUAG